AUGUCCCACAUCUACGCCAGCAGUGUACCCCUCGCGCCCUCGUCUGGCACGCACUCCCGUGGCCGCUCCCGCUCGCGCAACUCGCCGCCCCGGGUCUCCAUGCCCUCGCCCCAGUUCCCCGUCAGCGCCCCGUACUACCAGCAGUACCAGUCCUCGGAUCCGGGCCAUGGAUACGCACCUACCCACGCUCGGCACGCAUCUUACAGCGGCCAGCCGUCAUACAACGCCUACCAGCAGAUGCCAGGCAGCGCGGGCACGUACUACGUCGCCCGUUCGCCAUCUCGCGGUCACCACCGUCGCUCGGAGUCUGCCGGUCACAGGCAUCGUCGCUCGCACUCUACCACCGCCCACCACCGCUCGAGCUCUACCACUGCCGCUCCGAGGCAUAGCCAGCACAGGCACUCGUCCACGACGAGGCAACAUUCUUCGGUCCCCCAUCGCUCCCAGAGCGCCGUGGCAGCAAGGCGGCACACCUACAGCCAGCCUCAACGCCGCUACUCUACACACCAUGCAUCAAACCUGUCAUUCGGUGACCGCAUCCGCAAAUUGUUGCACAUCGGGCGCUUCGGCAAUCAUGGCAAGCCAUACUACGUCGACUCGCGCGGCCGCGAACUCGACCGCUCCGGGCGGCCGAUCGUCAAGUAUUGA